AUGACAGAGAAUGACAAGUCACCGCUUGAGAGCAAAGAAUAUGCGGUGCCUCAUGCUCGCUAUCAGGCGUGCUGGAAGGCUGCUAUGCCUGUCUUGAUCACGAUUCCGUUGAUAUUAGCAUUGGUCUUUUUCGUGAUCGAUUUCAGGGACCAAUACAUGUUGCCAGUCCCAGAGAAGGCCGAUUUGCUUGAUUCGUCUGCUACAGACGCGGGCUCAGGUAGAAAUGUAGAAUUCUUCCUCCAUCCCGAGAACCAUGUUUCGCGAACGCAGGACGUCUUGCACUUCUCAUGGAAUAUUUCAAAGGCAACUAUUACUCCCGAUGGGGUGAACAAGGAAGCUUUUCUAGUAAACAACCAGUUUCCCGGACCUACCAUUGAGGCACGGCCAGGCGACAUUCUGGAAAUCAACAUCCUUAAUUCCGCACAAGACGACUUGUCGGUACACUGGCACGGUCUUCACAUGAGAGGUUCGUACCAUUUAUCAAUACUAGUUGCAUGUUCAAAGACCAAUACUGAAGCACAGGUUGUUGACAGGGGCAAAUCGGAUGGAUGGGCCCGUUGGUUUAACACAAUGUCCUAUCAAGCCCGGUACAAACUUCACUUAUCGAGUCCCCAUUGGAAAUCAGUCAGGCACAUUUUGGGGAUUGGUAUCACCGGCCGUCUGCAAAAGUCCUGGCUUCGUUUCAAGACCGAACAAGCAUGGGAGUUGAAUUUAUCACAGCCAGCCCCUGACUCGCUGCUUGUCAAUGGUCUGGGCCAUUUUGAUUGCUCCAAAGUCAGGCAAAACGAUCCAGUUCAAUGUCGUUGGGCCGAGCCUCCGCGGUUUUCUUUGAACAACGAGUUGCGUUACAGAGUUCGGCUUGUUAAUGUUGGAUCCAUGUCUGGAAUAUCCUUGACCGUGCCGGAUGCGGACCUUGAAGUUUUCCAGGUUGAUGGCGGUCUUCCUGUGGCAACCUCUCAUACUGCUAAUUCUAUUGGAGUGCUCUAUCCUGGGGAGAGAGUAGACUUUAUUCUAUCGUGGACUGACUCAACUUCCAGUAUGGAGUUGCAGAUAGAAAUCGAGUUGGAUAGGGAGCUCUUCUUAUGGCCGAACCCUGCACUCUCUCGUAUACAGUCUUUCGCCCUAACAAUAGACUCUCCCGAAUUGCAACCUAACAUUGCGAACGGAAACGAUUUGCGAAGAUUCAACCUAGGAGAAGCAAAGGGUAAUUCACUCGACAGUCCUCUGCCGGAACCUCAAACGUUCUACAUGAUAUAUACCAAUGUGCAAGUGAUCAAUCAACUAGAUGACGAGGCUAGAGGGUUGGUAAAUCGGACUAUAUGGGAGCCGCAAAGCUUACCACUCAUCUCCCUGGAUCGCGAGAGUUGGAACGAUCAUCAACUCGUGCCUUGGACUGGUCCGGAGCCCGUUUGGGUUGAGUUGACUAUUAACAAUGUCGAUAAAAACGGGCAUCCUUUCCAUCUUCAUGGCCAUGACGUUUAUGUUGUGGCUUCAUACGAAGGGAAAAAUGGCAACAACGCAUACAAUCCAUUUGACACAAUGCCACCGCACGGCGGCCAGUUCAAUUUGGUUGAUCCAAUCCGCAAGGAUACUGUCUAUGUGCCUCCAUCGGGCUACGUGGUUCUCCGGUUCCUGGCUGAUAAUGAAGGUAUCUGGGCGUUGCAUUGCCAUGUCUUGUGGCACUCCGCAAGCGGGAUGGCCAUGGCUCUACAAGUACUCGGAGAUGGGCAAAAGGGCUUCAGUGAGAGUAAGGAUGGAAUUGACGCAAUGGAGAAUUGUAGUGCCUAG